AUGCCACCAGUACUAAAGCGUCUUACCUCACUUGCACCUCCUCUCACGACCAAGGCGAUCAUAGAUGAGCUUCGCUUAGUAAAUAGUGGAGACUAUAAACCCUGGAAGCUUGAGCACACAACUAAUAAUGAAGAUAAACCCACCAGUUUCCUCUCAGCUCACUACCAGUUAUCUUCAUUUGCUAAAACGUGGUUAUUCUUGAGCGAGGUGGCCAGGGAAGCCAACAAAACCAAGCACCACCCGACAAUAAUUACCACCUAUAAUAAGGUGGACUUCAAAUUGACAACCCACGAUGCUGGUAAUCAGGUUACAAAUAAGGACAUUACCUUGGCCUACGCCAUUAGAGACAUUUUUCUUCAAGUGCAAGUGCUACCAGGAAAAAGCAAGCUGUUUGAGCUGUUCCUCAAGGGGAUCUCGGAACGUUCGAUGCUUUCGGAAGCAUCCAAAACCAUUGAGAACUUGAUGUCUGCUAAAGAUUCUAAGCAGAACAAAUCCUGA